CCAAUCUGGGCACGUCCCUUCCCCCCAAAGCAAAAAAGAGGUCCCUCCCCACCCACCCUAGGCGAAACCAAUCUAGACCCUGUCGCACGGGGAGGAUAAUCCUAACCUGGCUGCCUUGUCUACACUAGGUAGCCCGACGCUUUCUCGACAUUCACAUCUCCAUCUCACGUCGCCUCAUAUCGUCUCAAACCAUAUUCAUCAUCCGCUGUCCACCAUCCACCCAUCCAACCAUCCAACCCACCACGAGCCACAAAGCCCCAUCUUUGCUUGUUCCUAAUCAAUCGUCCGUUACGCCUUGCUUUCAUUUUCGGCCCCCGCGUCCCUUUUUUAAUUUGAUAGUUCCGUCUUCACCUUGCCAUCCCCCUCCGAGCAUAGAUUUGUCGCGUGCGCGCCCGUCAAUUAGCGCGCCUAUCUUGAGGAAAAAGUGGCAGCGCUUACCCUCCUCAGCCAGGCCGACACCGAAUUAUCUCUUCAACAACAUUUAGAUCUUGCACCAGAUCUUCUGCAGUAUAAUCGUCUGGCUGUCGACGUCGAAUCUGACGUACCGUUGACGAUGGCGGCACAGCCUGUGCCUCAUCCGUCGACGGAUAAGAAACGAGUAAAGGUCUACGAGCUGCGCAAUAAUGACUGGUUCGAUCGGGGUACAGGCUUUUGCACCGCUGCUCUCAAUAUUUCCGAAGAUGGCCACCAAAGAGAUCCACGAGUAAUUGUCGAGUCUGAAGACCAACCGGAUCGCGUAUUGCUGGAGACGAGAAUUUGUAAGGAAGAUGGCUUCCACAAACAGCAGGAAACCCUGAUUGUCUGGACCGAACCUACCAAUGGCGUCGACAUGGCUCUCAGCUUUCAGGAAGCUGAAGGCUGCGCCAUGAUAUGGAAGUUCAUUAAUAGUAUCCAGCAGCAAUAUCAGUCCGUGAAUGCGCCAGACGACAGCCUAUCUGAUGAUCUCGCCAUGGACGGCCUAAACCCGAUUUCUCUCCCCCCGGCUUCCAUGGCAAACCUCGCCGAAAUAGAAUCGCAAAUGCGUGGACUUAGUGGGACGAUAAAUGGCCGCGAUGCUCUCACCAAAUACGUCCUGGCAGAAGAUUAUAUCGGCAAGCUGAUCCCCCUGGUUUCCGACGCGGAGGAUCUCGAAAGCCUCAACGAUUUGCAUCGCCUUUGCAAUAUUAUGAAGAUUAUUAUUCUUCUCAACGAUACUAGCAUUAUAGAGCACGCCGUAUCGGACGAAAGUGUAAUCGGCGUUGUCGGCGCGUUGGAAUAUGAUCCGGAUUUCCCGAGCCACAAGGCCAAUCAUCGGCAAUGGUUGGAAGGGGAGGGCCGCUUUAAGGAGGUUGUGCAAAUCGAGGACAUCCAGAUACUAAAGAAGAUACAUCAAACGUAUCGGCUUCAGUAUUUGAAGGAUGUCGUCCUAGCGCGUAUUCUGGACGAUAACACCUUCUCGGUAUUGAACUCACUUAUCUUCUUCAAUCAGGUCGAUAUCGUACAACAUCUCCAGUCGAAUGCGGCUUUCCUUGCCGAGCUAUUUAAUAUAUUCAAGUCCCCUCAAACCGACCCCAGGCGUAAGAAGGAGGCAGUGCUAUUCAUACAGCAAUGUUGCGCCAUUGCUAAAAACUUACAGCCGCCAGCUCGCCAGACUCUGUACAACAACUUUCUCGCUAAUGGCCUUCUUCAAGUCAUUAACUUUGGCCUGCGACACGGCGAUGUAGCAGUGAGAGUUGGUGCGACUGAUAUUCUGGUGUCUAUGAUCGAUCACGACCCGCAGAUGAUAAGGGCUAUGAUAUACCGGCAGCUUCAAGAGAAACAGCCACCUUUGACGGACUCGCUUAUCGACUUGCUCUUGGUCGAAGUUGAUUUAGGGGUUAAGUCGCAGAUAUCCGAUGCUCUAAAGGUACUGCUUGACCAAGGUCCGCCAGUACAACAGGAGGCGUUUACGAAGGCCAAUGGCGAGUAUGGUGUUCGAGCCGCAUCCAGAAUACCGCCAAGCGCAGACCCGCAGCAGGAUAAUUUUCUCAACACCUUCUACGAGAGGUCAGCCUCGAGACUAUUCCAACCCCUAAUAAACCUAGAGGGUCGAACAAACAUGGAGUUUUCAGUUCAGCAGGCCUCUAUCUUCACAUAUCUUAUCGAAAUUCUCUGUUUCUUCAUCCGUCAACAUCAACACCGCAGCAAAUUCUUCGUCUUGAAUAACGACAUCGUUUCCCGCAUCAGCCAACUUCUGAGUUGCCCGGAGAAAUUCCUAAAACUUAUUGCUAUCCGGUUCCUUCGACAGCUAAUUGGCCUACAAGACGAAUUCUACGUAAAACAUGUGUCAGAAAAGAAGGUUAUCGGUCCAGUCCUCGACGUCCUCAUUGAAACUAUGCCAAGAGACAAUUUACUUAGUUCUGCAUGUUUGGAAUUCUUCGAAUUCGUCAGGAAAGAAAAUGUCAAGGACUUAGUCAAGCAUAUUGUUGAGAACUACCGAGACAAGGUUCAGAGGCUUACCUACAUGGAUCUCUUUAGGACCUUGAUUACGCGAUACGAUCAGACUGGGGGAUUCAGUGCUAAUAUGGACUACUUCAUAGAAGUGGACGACGAGCCGAGAAGACGGGCAAACAUAAUUAACCCUAAGACCGGAGCGUUAAUGGAACACAUUGCUAUGGACCAGGCCGAGGAAGAGUAUUGGAACACGUCUGACGACGAAGAAGACAUGCAGACGAAACCAGGAAAUCGAACGACAUGCACAAAUGGAGAAUCAAACGCAAAACCCCUGGUUGAUUAUGCCUCCGACGAGGAGGGCGAUGAGAACUUGGAUGCCGGGGCGCUCUCGGCUGACGAGGACAGACAAGAUGACGGGUCCAAGAAAACAGAUGAUAAUUCUGGAGAUGUUGCGCCUCCACCAGAACGCCUGUCCGAGAAACGCCGACGCGAAGAAGACGAGGAAGAUGACCUGAGUAAGAUGGUCCAACACAAACGUCGAAAUAGCUCGACCGCUAGUUCCAGCGCGUCGGGCGUAUCCGGAGUUCUUCGCAAGAAGAGGAGUAUCUCGGGUGCCAGGGAAGCGGCAAACGCACCAAGGAAGAUUGCUAUCAGUCUCUCCCCGAACCUAAAGGGCGGUGGCGGGCAGGGCCAAGGCCGAUCAGAUGAGGAGGCAUGAUAAGACCAAUAAUCUACUAUUUUCUUCUCGGGACCCUAUUUACGUACUAGCAUGGUUUGGUUUCGGUACGUCAGUGAUGACAGGAAAGGCGGCCGGCGUUUGGCGAGAGGGAUCUUUUUGACCCUGUGUCUAAUAGGGAUAAAGCCUAGAUACUAGGAGCAAAGGAGAUGAGAGUCUAGGAACGAGGACAGAACUUUGUGGCUCGAGGGUCCUACAGAACCCGGGAUUGGCUUUGUACGUUGUGGUCUCCGAUAACCACAGGCCUGGAGAAUGUCAUGUCACUGUAUUACUAUUUAUGAGCCACCCUGGCGAAAUAGCCCCAGCGUCUGUUGGUACGCGGAACGGGCGGGCGGAGACUGAAAACAGGGAUAGCACAAAUUAAAACAAUGAUUACAAAAAUAU